AUGUGCUGCCAACAAAAACAAAUGAUUAUAAUAAUAUUCAAGUCCUUGCACUUACCAUGGACUAUGAUCUUUUCCAGUCAGAUGACGAUGAGGACAUUCUGAGUGCCUAUUUGCAAGUGUCGCAAAAGUUGCCGCCAGAGCCGCAGGUGCAGCUGCAAUUAUUGGGCAACAGUGACGAGUUGAAUGUUGCUACUGAUGACGAUAGGGAUGCACUGGACAUGCUGCCCGAAUUUAACUGCAGCGGACGGGAUACGAGCAGGGCUUCGAAUGAUUUGCCCAACACGGGAUUUGUGCGAAAUGGCUAUGCAUUGGAUGCGCCGGUGCCACGCAGCCGCCUGGACAGAUUAAGCUUUAAUUUCGAGGAGGGACAGCUGCAAGUGUGCAUGGUAGUUCGUUAUCUGCAGGGCGAGGCGUGCAAGAAUAUACAGAAGCUGUGCGGCGCUGUAGCAGGUCAGCAGCAUCUUCAAUCCAAAUCCGCGCUAAGUGCUGCCACUGCCAGCUGGUAUGAGGCACGCCAGCAGGUCACACACUUUUACCAUUGGCUGUUGCACGACGUGCAGAUAUCGGAGCAGUGGCACAUUAUCUCACCCGGCGUUCGGCAGCUCCGUGAGCUGCUCAAUAGUUGUCUGGAUGCGUCAGCAUGGCGUGUCCUCUAUUUUGCAGAGCAUGUCAAGGGCAAUGAGUGCCAGGCGCCUGCCUAUCAACUCUACCACGGGGCACUUGAGUGGCGUCUGCUCGAUUUGUGCCUGCUGCGAAAGCAUCAAACUGCAACUGGAGAGGAGGAGGAAGAGGAUCAGCUGUGCUAUCAGACGCAACUGGCGCGCAUCUUCGAUGAUCUGGUGCUUUGCGCCAACUAUCACUAUCGUAGCAAACACAGCGCUGAACUGUUGCACACUUCGGCAUUCGUGUGCCGCUGCAGCAAGGAACUCUGGCUGCUGCUCCAUCAGCAAAUGGGCUUAGAAUGCGCGUUCUGGCCACUAUUCCAUCGGGCGAUGCAGCGACACAAGACACAACUGCAGCCUGAGUGUGGCAACAACGCUACCGCCUUGGCUUACCACGAGUUCUAUGCCUGGUUGCGCCUUAGUCUCGCUCGCUUGGCUGCUUAUGGCGCAGAUGGUUUGCAGUUGAGCAAACCAGCAACUGUCGGCGCAGAACUGUUGCAGACUGGAAGCCUGCUGCGACAGUUUCUUGCCUGUCAGCCGGAUGAGCAGCAGCGUCGCGUUUAUUUGUGUCUGAUAGCGCCACUGCAGCUUCGCUGGGCACAGCCCGAUACGGAUGUGCUGUGCCAGCUAUGGGAGUAUCUGCAUCGUAUGCUCAACUCUAGCUUUAGUAUGCAGCUGCUCGAGCAGCUGCCAUUGAUCUGCACCAGCGGCGCUGCCUAUGUGGAACGCUAUCGUAUGCUGCUCGCCCGUCCGCAAAUGGAGGAUUUAAAUCUGAGCAGCUUUACGAUCUUUGUGCUGUUGUUGGGCAAGACGCUGCAACAGCUGCCAUCUCUGGGACGUACCGGAGCGCAAAAGCUAAUGGGUCGUAUCUUUAGCAAGUUUAGUGCUGCCAAGCUGUUGGCCUUAAACGAAUCCGGCAUACAUCAUGUGAUCGAGUUAUUCCUUUGCCUGCUGCUCACAUAUGCAGAGUUUGGCGAACUGGCGCCCAAGUUGCGUGAAUUGCUACUCUGUCUGGCGCUGGACAAGUUGCCGCCGGCACGACGCCAACUGGCUGCCAAAGGACACAUGGCCCUGUUGCUGCUCCAUGCGCAGCGCCGACAGCCGAUGGAGGAUUAUGUGAGCAAGCUGCUCGUUCAAUUGGCAGUCGUACGCAACGAUGUUGAUGUCGGUGGCAUCUUUGGAGCGACACUGCAACCCAUCUUCGAGCUGGCCGAUGAUUGUGCACGUGGUGAGCAACUCCUUGUGUCCUCCUGGCUGACGCAUUAUCUGGAGCACAGUGGUCAGGCGGCACAGGAACGCGUCUGGCAGGCGUUGCAUCUACUGUGCCAAAAACUAAAGGAAAAUCCGUCGAGUGCCAUGUGGGAUGCACUGCAGCAGCAUGUACUGCCACAGUUGCGACUGCAAUAUGCCAACGGCUACAGCGUCUGGUUGCCCAAAUUGGCGGCCGAUUUCGUUGCCCUGGACAAGGAUCGUAAGUUACUGGAGUUAUUGCUUCUGGGCACCGAGCCAGCAAAUACGGCUGCCAGUGCCCAACUGCUGCUCCAUGUGCUGAUGCAACAACAGGAUGAUGCCGCUACUGUUGCUGUCGCACCUAGUGUGCUUGUCAUCCAAGUGUGGAUUAAAUCGCUGGUGCUGCUCACGGCGCAGCAUGAAUCCGUGCUGGCCCUAACGCCACAUGUUGCCCAGCUGGCAGAGUUUCGUGCGCUGGGAUUGGAUGCUUCGUCGCUGGAGGGCCGUGAACCGUUGUGUGCCUUCUUUGGCGCAUUGGGUCGUCGCGCUCAGCAGCAGGAUGCAGUGGCGCACGUUCGCAUGCAACUCAGCCACAAGUUGCAUGGCUAUGUGGCGCACUUUGAGCAGUGGCUGCCCCCAGCACUGACGGAGCAGCGUCCAGAGAUUGGGGCACGCUUCUAUAACUUUUUGGCCAUUGUCAUUUAUAAUUGCGCCACAUUGACCUAUGUACGCUCCAAGCCCAGCUGCUUUUUCCACCUGGCUAUGGUGCGUUUUCUGUUGACCACACAGCUGCAAGCGGGGAUUCAACCGGAGGGUCGUCUGCCACAAUUGGUGCACAAGAUAUUCCCGGUGCUGUUGCAGGGCAUUGGCCGGUUGCCAUAUCGCACGGAUGCGUAUCUUGGUCGAACACUCGAGCAGCUCAUCCUUCACUGGACUCCGCUUUUUGGCUUUACGAGCAACGUCAAACUGGUGGCUCGUCCAUUUGCAACGCUUCUACAAGCGGAUGCGGAUGGCGAACUGGCCCAGUUUGUGCUGCAGAAUUUGGCGAGUCAAUUUCUGGGUGUGCAGCGAAACCAAGUGGGUGCGAAUGUUGGAUUAAUCCUCAUGGUGAUACAGCAACUUUUCGUAGGAUUGGGUGAGACAAAGGAUGCGCCGAGUGCAGAACCACAGCUCUUAACGCUCCUAAAAGCUGUGAAUAUUCCACUGCUGGAGCAUAUCAUGUUUGUCGGCGAACUGGAGCCGAGCCGCAUCCAAGUUUUGAAUCUCUAUCGCCAGAUGGUCCAUCUCGGUGUGUUCCAGCGUUCAAUGGCGGCGCAAGAGAUCUGCUCCGAUGACAUACGCUCGCUGGCCGAAAAGCAUUUGGCGCACUGCACCUAUUUCUACUUCCAGAUGCUCAUCAAGCUGGCGGAGCCGGCUCCACAAUUGGUGGCACCACUCUAUAGCUUUGUGCGCAAACAGGCCGUCAACGUAGAGCUGAAGCGUGCCGCUGGUGAGGAUGUGGGCAUACGCAAGUGCCUGCAGCGAUUGCAGCAGGUCCUCCAAACAGCACCUAGUACUUAGUACACAAAUACAUCUAGUUCACAGACCCCAAACAAAAUCAUACCUUCAAUAAAUGUAUACAUAUAAGUAUUUCGAUUACAA